AUGAUCAAGGAGCCCACCGUGAACCUCUUCACCGUGCCCAACAGCCUCACCGAGCUCUCCUCCUCGUCCCUCAUCGGACGCUUCGUGCGCUCGUCCCUCUUCGUCCACGACAAGGUGGUGGGCUUCGAUCAAGUGACGCUGACGGAGGGCGGGCGCCGCAUCCGCGACCUUCCCAACGCCGGGGGCAACUCAGUGGCGUCGGAGGUGAUGUCGUUCGAGGUGCUGCGCGCGUCGUACGGGGCCGACCUCCUCAAGACGGAGAUGGAGCUCGAGUACUUCCCCAUGGGUGGCAGCAUCACCGACUACUCCGUGCUCCUCUACGACCUCCACAUCGGCGUCUCCGUGACGAGAGCGAUGAAGUACAACGGGACCUUCACGGAGGAGGACGGCCUGCGCAUCUUGAGGAAGAAGCUCGAGGGCGUGAUCCAGUCUUCGCGGCUGGUCAUGGACCCCUUCCACAAGCAGGUGCUCCACAUCUUUGCCGAGAAGGAGUACAUCGCCGACGUGCUGGAGGACCUGUACAACACGUCGCCCGAGAUCACCGACGACAUCAAGUCGUCCACUCUCGUCAUCGUCACCGUCGCCACCAACUCGCCCUGGAUCUUCUACAACUCCUGCGGCAAGGCAAGGUGA